CAGCCAAAGGAACCAAGACUUGGACCCCAAGGAAAACUAUGGCCAAGGCAAACUUCAUCAGGAGAAGCAGUGUUCUCAAGCAUGCAGUUCGAGUGCUGCAGAGGAUCAGUCUUCCAUUAUCAAAGAUGAAGCCUGCUCCUCCAAUGCGGGGUAAUUUAUCCGGUGAGUUCGAGGAGGCUGACAGAACUGGAAUGGUGCCGGAGGAUGUGAAGGAAGGCCACUUUGCAGUGGUGGCAGUCUUUGAUGAGAAGCCAAAAAGAUUUGUGGUGUCUUUGAGCUGCCUCUCACAUCCUAUGUUUCUGAGGUUAUUGGAGUUGGCAGAAGAGGAGUUUGGCUUCCGGCAAGAGGGGCCCCUUGCUGUACCCUGCCGGCCGAGUGACCUGGAGAAGAUAAUCCUAGAGCUAUGAGGAAGAGGACAAGUUUCAUGUCAAUUGGUUCUCCUCCAUCACUACUUUUCUCUUUAUAUAUAUACAUAUUUAUGUAGUUCUGUUGAUCUAAUGACAAGAUCAAGGAUCACAUUGGAUCCUAUCAACCAGAAAUCAGAGAAGCAUGUACUAUGUGGUAUGCUACUGUUAGGCCAGCAAUUAAAAUGCGAAUGAUGAUUGUAGCAUAUAUAUAUAUGGAUGAUUAAGAUCAAAUGCA